AUGGGGCAAGGGAAAUGCAGUAUUCGAUUUAUGUCCAGCUUCGCAAUCACCUACGUCCUUGUCUCGACGUUCUGUCUCAGUACAUAUCUUCCACUUGCAUUUUAUCGCCUGCCACCACCGUCGUUUGAGGACAUGCCCCAGAUCAACUCUUCAGUCAGGUAUAAGUGGUGUAGUAUCAUUGUCAACAUCAUCCCGAUGUGCUAUUACACGAUCUUACUUUUACCAAUCGGAGUUCAAAAGUCAAUAAUCCUUUUUGUGGCGGCUCCAGUCGAUAUGGGGAUCACUGUUGCUGUCCUCGCUAUGCUUGAGCGUAGAGAGAUAAAUGCGGAGAAAGAGAAGGAGUUGGAAAAGGCGAAGCGCCGGCGGCAGGGUAUCUGCCGAGACUGUAUUUCCCUAGGCAUGGGGCAUAUUGGGCAAGGAGGCCGGGAGUAG